CAUUAAAAGUUGGUGAAAAACUAUGUCAUAAAGCUGAUACUUUUGUAAAAGAAUGUAGAAAUGACAUUGAAAACAUUGAAAUCAUAUAUCCAAAACUUCGGUUCAUAUGGAGUGAAUUAGGUGUGCAAGUUCAGACUGUUCAAAAACUUAAAAAAAUCGCUGCAAAGCAAAACGGAAUUUUACAGGAAUUUUAUGCAAAUAAAGAACAAGAAUUAUCUAUUAUAAUCGAUAAACUCGAUAAUACUUUAGAAAGUUUACGUCAUAAACAUGUGGAUCCUGCAAUUCGUGAAAAUGCGAUCGCAAUAGAACGAGCAAUAGCUCGCGAAAAUAAUAGUAAUAUUCUAGGUGAUUUGGAAAAAGGCAUAGAGUUUGAUCUAAAAAAUAAGAAAGACUCCGGGGAAAAGGCUUAUUUAUAUGAUUACGUAGAAGAACAAAGUAUUCAAGAUUUGAAAGUGAAAACACAAGAGGAACAGAAACAAUUAGAUGAAAUGAUCUUAAAUAAUAGUAUUUCUCCUGAAAAAUCUGGAAUAGAUCUUUCUCGUGAAAAGUUUAUAGCUCUUGAACAAGAGGCAAAUUCUAUGGCUGAGACUUUGGUUUCAUUGGCAAGAAAUUAUGAUCAAGUUUCUGCUGCAUUAAAAGCAUGUCAGUUGCAUGCUGAUGCUAGCCUAAAUCUUGAUAUUUCGGUUCUUGAGAAAGAUACUGGUCUACUUCAACCAAUUGUUCAAGAAUUGCAGGAAGGGCUUCAAUAUAUUGAAUCACUAAGUGAAGAAGUUCGUGCUAUAAAUCGUUUUUAUUGUGCGUCUUAUGAUGAAGCAAAUAAAUUAUUUUCUGAAUUGGAUAAUUUUGGAAGUAGUUUUGAGAGUUUUUCAAACACAAUUAAAGAACUUGAAGCUGACUUUGAAAAGAGUAAUGUGAUAGUGGAUCGUUUGCUAGAUGAAUUAUUAAAUCUUAACAUGGUGUAUGAAGAAUUUUCCAGGGCAUAUGACCACAUGAUAAUAGAAAUUGACCGACGUCAUAGAAUUAAAGAGCAACAUGAAAAAUUGUUAGAAGAUUAUUCAAAUAAAUUAGAAGCAUUAUACCUAGAUGAAUCUCGGCAAAGAGAUUUAUUCUUUCAAAAUCAUGGAAGAUAUCUUCCAAUAGAUUUAUGUCCGCCAAUUCAG